AUGGCGGAGGCGCUGCUGGGCAUGUCGGGAGUGCGGCUGAGCCAGCUGCCGCAGGGGGAGAGGCUGGCCGCGCAGCAGGGCCUGCGGGAGGCGACGAUGGCUGCACUGGGGGCGCAGCGGGACGCGGGGGCGUUCCUGCGGGAGAGGCUCGGGGAGGCGGCCGGAAAGGUGACCGCUGGGCGCGGGCGAUUGCUGCCCGCACGAAAGGCAGCAUUCUGGAGAAGGCCUUAUUCUGGAAAAAAGACUGGAAUGCGAGUUGCACUUGGGUGGAUGUUGGUUGGAUCCAGUCUGGGAAAGGUGUUAUUUUAG